AAUGGUAGUACUUAGCAGAGGCAGAGUCUGUUUCGUCAGCAUGUUUGGUGGACCACAGAAAUUCCCAUAUCGUCCGUCUAGGUCGUUGGUGGAGCAGUUCUAGGUUUGGUUUCAGAAUCAAUUCGUGGAUGUAAUAAAUUCUGUUUCAGCGAAGGAAAGAAAAUUGCGCCGUAGUAUAAUUUUCUGCCUCAGGAGGGUCUCAUGACAGGCUCGAUUGGUGAAUGAGCAACGGCAUGCUCGCCUUACUUGAACGGACGAGGGAGGGCGAUCUUCCAUGAAAGGGUCAGCCACGUAGUGUUUGGUCAGGCGGCCGGUAUUUGUGAUAGCGGGAAGCGUUAUUUUCGCGGAAAGAUUUGCAACAAUGGCGACUAGUCAAUGCUUAUGGUCUUUUCUGUUGGGUUUAGCCAAUGCAUGCGAAGAUAGGGACAUCUUCCUGAAAAUUUUGAGAAAUGUUUUUCUUAAUGUCGUUGUCGGCUUAUGGUUUCAGAUUCGAAUCCAUUGUGAACUACUUCUCUAAGCUAAUCAUCUCAAGUAAUUGACACUCAAAGCAAUAGCUGUUUUUCGUGUGAUGUGAGAGUUAGAGAGAUGCUAGAUAGUGAUAAAGGAGACUUUAAACUUGGCACCGCCACCUCGGCGCACUGUGGUGGCGCAAACACGCUUCACUGAAAGAAACCGCGGUCAGAGCGUGAAUCGUGACCCUCUAUUCAUCCUCGAAGCAAAGCUAGCCGAAGGCAGAACAGCAUUCGCGAAGAGGCAAUUUGAGCUUGCGGUUCGGUUUUGGAAGUUAGGUUUUUGAUUGGCAAUGCUAAGGACAAGAAGAGCCCACUAGAUGAUAGAAGGUAGACCAUCAGGAUGACCAAGAUCCAAGAAGCGACUAAGCUGAAGGUAGUAGAGUAAGUUUGUGAGCGAGAUUAUUAUCAGAAGUGACAUGAUAGAGAUAGCAAAUUCUGAAUUGGGAUCACGCGCGGGCGUGCAUACUCCUGGUGGCGGUCUCGCAUUUCCUACCCAAUAAUAGAUUAAGAAAUGCUUUUUUUUGCUGCGUAGCCGUAGGUUUUCUUCGAUCUACUGGUUCCUUUCACUGAGUCCUACACCUCUUUCCUCUCUACCCUUAAAUUUCGCUAAAGUUUUCUCUGUAAACUCACUACAUACUUUCUCUGAACUUUCUUUUCUGCAACCUGCAUUUUAUUUUGUAGUCUGACAGUUGCCAUUCAUUCAUCCUCUAAACCGCGAGGGUGCGCGGGCUGCUAUAGAACUAGAGCCCCGAUCACGAGAGGAGCACGAUGCCUCUCUCCGAUACCUAGCCAAGUUGCGGCUCAACCUUUUAGCCGCUUACCUCAAAUUACCACGCAGACAAGCCGACUGCUUCGCAGGUAGAACUUCAGGCGCGGAAGAUCCCGUCCCCGCCGACGAAUGGCUACAGUCGGAAAACGACGGGCAAGUGGGUCGAGACAUUAUGUUUGAACUAGUAGAUUUUUCGCGUGGUGGAUUUCCAACCGCAAGUCCCUAUCCAUCAAAAUUGUGUUUCAUUUUGUUCAUGGUUCGACAAAGAUGAAGAAAGUCGAUAUACGAGUUUGUUUCCUGCAACAGCGUUCACUAGAUUACCAGCUUUCACUUCAUCAUUGACAGUGCAUUUUGUAAAAAAUUUGCUUUAAUUCUUGUGGCGAGUUGAUCCAGAAGAAGUAUUUUCGGCUUUUCGAGGCGAAGCUUGGUCUUGGCGAGUACAAACUUUGCCGAGAAGUCUUGACGCUGCUAAAGGAAGCCAUUGAGUUAAGACUUUCUUAUAGCCUGUUUAGUCAGUCUGCAAAGAUGUCAUGUGCGAAACUUAUGCUAAAAAAUUGCGUUGUAUUUAUUCCCAACAGCAAGUCAUGUGUUGUACCUCUAUCUAAGUAGAUGAAAAGUAGAAGCACCUUUAACUGGAAAUAUGUAACCAAGUUGUUUGUCUUCGCUGAGAGAAGUAAGUAGUUCGUGUCUUGUGAGAAAGCUCAGAAGUGGAGGAGUCAGAUUCUAUGAAAUCCAUCUUUCCUACCUUCUAUCGUUGCUCUAGGUUUGAAAGGAGAAGAUCCUCUACCCACUUUCGGUGCGUGCGCGGCGUCUGUUAACUUUUACGGAGUUUUAAUGAUGAGUGGAGCCGCAGCAUCAUCGUCUGUUGAUGCCGCUGGUGGUGGAGCAGGAAGGCAGUCGGGUUCGCUGUACUGGCGAAAACUUUUGGUCAGGGUGCCUGUUGAAGUUGCUCGGUCAGGAAGCAAUGCAGCUCGGGCAGAAAGUGUGGAUGAUCAAGAAGGCUGUGCGAGCAGUGGCAACGCAUCUAUGAGACCGACUGCAGAUGAGGAGGAGAAAACGUGGGCGAUGUACUACGAACUUUUCAGGAAAUAUGUGAAAGUAUCAAGAUUCCAGAAGUCCCUAAAGCAAGCAUUGAAAAGAGCGGAACAGCGAGUCGUGCACUCUUCAAGAACAACGUCGCAAAAAACGGAUCCGGAGAGUGCUGCAGCAGGAGAUAUAUCAGGGGAAAAGGAAGUGCUAGUUCACAGAGAAGGAAGAAAAGGCGCUCGCGACCCAAUGCGUGCCGUUAGCGAAGAUGAAUGGCUGACGUCGAGUGCCGACGAAUGCAGCGACGCAGCGUUACGACCACACGCAAUCACAGAAGACAAGGGUGACGUCAUUAGCUCACUGGGUGAGCAGGAUAUUCUGCGCGAUGCAAAGAUGGUGGAUAUUUUUGUAAGCACGGGGGGAGUAGAUCUUUUGCGGUCUGCCUUUGAGCUUCGAAAGAACUGGACGCGCAGCCACAGCACACUGGCAGAAAUCGCAUCCUUCGGUCUCUUACAGAACGACCUGGACUUCGACCUCAUCGAGCGCUUGAGAACGUCCGUAGUGAACAGUGCCGAUCUAGAACUGGCUGCAACAAUGUCGCGCUAAGCUCUGCGCGAAGUCUCCUUUGCGUAUACGGAUUUAUGGAUUAUGUUCCUAUCAUAAGAAGACUUACCAAUUGAAGUAAUGAAAUGAAAACCUAGCAUGAGGAACGCCUCUGCUACUUCCAGAAAGUUGCGUCUGAAGAUUAUGUAUCAACAGAGUAAGCGCUUUUGCUCGUUUUGUUCCCUACAAACUGAGGAGAUCUUGUCAGUCUUAAACGCGAAUCGUCUUCCUUGUGUUGAGUUUCAUCAGCCAUAAAGC